AUGUUGAAAGCCAGCCUCGAAUGCCACAUGUUUGCACACUGUCACAAUGAGUCUGAAAAGUGUUCCAUUGCUCUUCCAACAGAUGUUCAGAUGGGAGAGAAGGGUUCUGGGUGCAACACCUACCCCUCUGCAUUCUCGUGGUCUAGAAGUGAGGGGAACCUCAUGGCGAAGCAUACUGACAACAGGCCAUACAAGAGCGAUGUCUGCCCUGCAGAAUUUAGCCUGAGCGGGAACAUACAGCGGCACAAGCGGACAGAUUCAUGCAAGAAACCAUACAAGUGCGAUGUCUGCCCUGCAGAGUUCAGACGGAGUGCUCACCUGCAGCAGCACAAGCGGACACACACAGGCGAGAAGCCAUACAAGUGCAGUGUCUGCCCAGCGGUGUUCAGUCAUAACAUACGCUUAUGGCAUCACAAGCGGACACACACGGGCGAGAAGCCAUACAAGUGCGAUCUCUGCCCUGCGGAGUUCAGUCAGGGCGGGCACCUACGGCAGCACAAGCGAACACACACGGGCGAGAAGCCAUUCAAGUGCGACAUCUGCCCCGCGAUUUUCAGUCAGAGCGGGUCCCUACGGUGUCACAAGCUACACACACAGCACAAGCGGACACACACUGAUGAGAAGCCAUACAAGUGCGAUGUCUGCCAUGCAGAGUUCAGCCAGAGCGGGACCUUACAGCAGCACAAGCGGACACACACGGGUGAGAAGCCGUACAAGUGCGAUGUCUGCCCUGCGAAGUUCAGUCAGAGUGGGCAGUUAUUGCGUCACAAGCGGACACACACGGGAGAGAAGCCGUACAAGUGCGAUGUCUGCCCUGCGAAGUUCAGCAGGGGCGGGAACCUACAGCAGCACAUGCGGACACACACGGGCGAGAAGCCAUACAAGUGCAAUGUCUGCCCAGCGAAGUUCACUCAGAGCGGGCAGUUAUGGCAUCACAAGCGAACACACACGGGCGAGAAGCCAUACAAGUGCGAUGUCUGCCCUGCGAAGUUCAGCAGGGGCUGGUACCUACAACAGCACAUGCGGACACACAUGGGCGAGAAGCCAUACAAGUGCGAUCUCUGCCCGGCAGUCUUCAGACAGAGUGCAACCUUGUCACGUCACAAGCGAACACACAUGGAUCUGAGGCACAGCACAAAACAGCAGUAUAACAAGAAGACCUACAUGGGUGUGAAGCGAUACAAAUGCAUCCUUUGUGCUGCACAGUUAGUGUACAGCUGA